GUUUCUGUCUCCGAUCCGAUCCAAACUCUGAAAUGUGAAUCAUGUUUGAUGAAUUUCAAUUACAAAUUUAAAUUGUAUAUCAGACUGGGAUUAUUCGAAACCUGAUAUUUAUCAAAAAUUAAACCGAAACACCAUAUUUUGUAGUUAGAUUUCAAUUUCCUGAAGAUAUGACCAGGUCUAAAAUUGAGCUGGGUGACGUAACACAGCACAACAUAAAACAACUCAAACGUCUAAAUACAGUUGUAUUUCCUGUGUCAUAUAAUGAAAAGUUCUAUAAAGAUGUCCUGGAAGUGGGAGAACUUGCUAAACUAGCUUACUACAAUGACAUUGUUGUGGGAGCUGUGUGCUGUCGCAUUGACACUUCCGAUCACGCUCGCAGACUGUACAUAAUGACCCUUGGAUGUUUAUCACCCUACCGAAGACUAGGUAUAGGAACAAUGAUGGUUCAACAUGUCCUUAACUAUGUGGAGAAAGAUGGCAACUACGACAACAUUUAUCUACACGUUCAAGUAAACAACACUGGGGCGAUUGAAUUUUACAAGAAAUUUGGAUUUGAAAUUCAUGAAACAAAGAAACACUACUACAAGCGUAUUGAACCUGCGGAUGCACAUGUUCUCCAGAAGACUCUUAGACCAACCUUGACCAACGGAGAAGUAAACCAUGUAUCGGAAAAGUGAUAUUAGAUAUAACACCAUCAUCAUUCAUACUUAAGUUCAGUUAUAAAUUUGUUUUUGUAAUUGUUGACAUUUUCAAUAAUACAGAUAAGGAAUUUUCAUUGAUUUGAGUCAUGUUUCUUUUUGUCUUUUUAAAUAUAAAAAGUAAGUCUUUUAUCACGAAUCCAGUUUAGAAAUUAAAUUGAGGUAAGAAUCAGACUCCUCAAAUAGUUAGAAACGCAUGCUUUGUAAAAUUGCAUUUCCAUGAUUGGUGUGUUAAUUUGUUAUCAUUUUAACUAUUUCAGUUUACAGUACAUUAACUAUUUGUAUAUUUUGUUUUCUCGUUUCUAUAAAUAUAACUGAUUUAUAUAAUUUUUGGAAUUUUCGUUCUAUUAUGUCUUUUUUUAAUGGCCUUAAACUUACUGCUAGGAUGAUUCAACUAAAUCCUGAUCAAUAUACUUCUGUAUUUCUGUUAGUUCUUACUUUUUUGAUGAUUUUUUAGGAUUGUUAUUCCAAUUGUUGUUAAUUUUACAAACCAAGUUACAUUGCCGAUCAGGUUCACGUUGAUACCACUUUAGGUUUUGUAAUUUCAUGAUUUAGUAAAUAAAUUGUUUGUUCAUUUUUAUAAAA